AUGCGAGGCAUGAGCACGGCCUGGCUGCUGGGGGGCGCCAUCCUGCUGGCGGCCUCCGUCUCCUGCAGUCACACCAUCCAAGGAACCAAUAGAACCUCCAAAGGAAGAAGUCUCAUUGGUAAAAUUGAGAGCUCCUCUCAGAUCACUGGGAAAGGAGUUAACGUGGAACCAGGCUUUUCUGUGGAUGAGUUUGCUGCCUCCGUCCUCACUGGAAAACUGACCACCGUCUUUCUUCCAGUUGUCUACACAAUUGUAUUUGCGAUUGGUUUGCCAAGUAAUGGCAUGGCUCUGUGGGUCUUUCUUUUCCGAACGAGGAAGAAGCACCCUGCUGUGGUUUACAUGGCCAAUCUAGCCUUGGCAGACCUCCUCUCUGUGAUCUGGUUCCCUUUGAAGAUUGCAUAUCACAUACAUGGCAACAACUGGAUUUACGGGGAAGCUCUUUGCAAAGUACUCAUUGGCUUUUUCUAUGGCAACAUGUACUGUUCCAUUCUCUUCAUGACCUGCCUCAGUGUGCAGAGGUAUUGGGUCAUUGUGAAUCCCUUGGUGCACCCCAGGAAGAAGGCAAACAUUGCCUUUGGGCUCUCGCUGGGAAUAUGGCUUCUGAUUCUGCUGGUCACCAUCCCCUUGUAUGUCGUGAGGCAGACUGUGUACAUUCCAGCCCUUAACAUCACAACCUGCCAUGAUGUGUUGCCUGAGGAGGUGUUGGUAGGGGACAUGUUCAAUUAUUUCCUCUCUCUGGCCAUCGGAGUCUUUCUGUUCCCAGCCUUCCUCACAGCCUCUGCCUAUGUGCUGAUGAUCCGAACACUCCGGUCUUCUGCGAUGGAUGAAAACUCGGAAAAGAAGAGGCAGAGAGCCAUCAAACUCAUUGUCACCGUCCUGGCCACCUACCUGAUCUGCUUCACUCCUAGUAACCUUCUGCUUGUGGCCCAUUAUUUCCUGAUUAAAACCAGGAGCCAGAGCCACGUCUACGCCGUGUACAUUUUAGCUCUCUGUCUUUCCACGCUCAACAGCUGCAUUGACCCCUUCGUCUAUUACUUUGUUUCCCAAGACUUCAGGGAUCACGUGAAGAAUGCACUCCUCUGUCGAAGUGUCCGUACUGUGCAGCAGAUGCAGAUAUCCCUCACGUCACAGAAGUUCUCCAGGAAGUCCAGCUCUUACUCUUCGAGUUCAACCAGUGUUAAGACCUCUUACUGAGUUAUUCAGCAUCUCUGUAAAACCACGGGGGGAUUUGGAGCCUGCUUAAUGUACCAGUGUGUUUCUGUUGUUCUCUGACCCAGUGGAUCUCACCACACACCAUAUAUAUGGAGCACCUCUGAGGAUGGCUAGAAGCUUCCCUGUUAGCAUGAGGGAAGUCUCCCAAAUCAACCAAGAUGGCAGUUUCAGAAUUCCUCUCUUCAGGUACUUCCGGAAAUGGAACUAACAGAAGCAGACUUCUCAGAAGGCAGUGAGAAAACAGAAGCUCAGGGCCACUAGUUCUUACCAGUGCUGACGUGAAGGCACAGUUCGUAGGAGAACGUUAAAGCCAUGUGGCAGCUUCCGUGUCCUCUGAGAUGAGCAGAUCAAGGGACUGACUGUACAGAUGAGGAAAGUGAGGAGGUGAAGAAGCUACGCGAUUCAGGGUCGCUUCCAUUCCAACCAGGGGCAGCGGUUAGGAUUGGACUGUAGACUUAGUGCAUUCACUGGGGUUCUACACCUCCUGUGGAUCUUGUUUAAAAAUGCGGGUUCAUCAGACUCAGGAAUGAGAGGGCUCAGGGUCUGAGGUAACUGCAUUUUAACAGGAUUCUGCCACGCACACUCGGGCUCACCCAGGUUUGAGAACCGCCGGUCUGGGUCCCAAGGGAGAAGCAAACUGCUGUGUGUCUCUUCUGUGAGAAUACAUUGAAGAUUUUAAAUGUGGAAACACAAAGUUCGUGUAACUUUAUAUCGACUCAAUCUUCAGGUGUUCUGAGAUAUAGAUGGUUUCAGAGUAAGAGGGGAUUUUACCACUUAGUGUUUUCUAGAAUUAUAGUUGAAUUAUUUAUUGUCAGUUUUUUUUUUCACUUGCUACAAAUACGAAAUUGUAAUGCCUUCACUAUAUUUGAGCCACAUCUGUUUGGAAAAGAAUGCAAAAGAGAUGUGAUUUGUAAUAUAUUUAGGGGGUACGUAUUCCAAACUGAAUUUAUAUAACUUGUAUUUGUGAAUUUUUGGAAAUAAUCUCAUUGUAAUGAUUGAUUUAUAAAUAACACAUGACCCUUUUUUACAAC